AUGGCUUUGCAUAUGACAUGGAUGUUUGCUUUUGGUCUUUUAGGCAACUUCAUCUCCUGUUUGGUCUGCCUUGCUCCUUUGCCAACAUUUUAUCAAAUCUGCAAGAAGAAAACAAGCGAAGGAUUUCAAUCUAUCCCAUAUGUGAUUGCACUAUUCAGUGCAAUGCUUUGGCUGUUCUAUGGAAUUUUCAGUGAGGAUGCCAUCCUUCUCAUCACCAUCAAUACGUUUGCGUUUUUCAUGGAGUUUGGCUAUAUUGCUGUCUACCUUUUUUAUGCCACCAAGAAGGACAAAAUUCUGACUUUCAAACUUCUCCUCCUUUUGAAUAUUUUUGGAUUCGGACUCAUCUGUGUACUAACUCUCUUCCUAACACAAGGCCAAAAACGUGUCCAUGUUCUUGGAUGGAUUUGCAUGACAUUUUCUCUCUUUGUUUUUGUUGCACCUCUUUUCAUUGUGAGAAAAGUUAUAAAAACAAAGAGCGUGGAGUUCAUGCCUUUUUCUUUGUCAUUCUUCCUCACGUUGAGUGCAGUUAUGUGGUUCUUCUACGGUUAUCUAAAGAAAGACCAGUUUGUUGCUGUUCCGAACAUACUGGGGUUUUUAUUUGGUAUCAUCCAGAUGGUGCUUUAUGUAAUCUAUAGGAACCCCAACAAAAUUGUGGUGGUGGAGCCUAAACUUCAAGAGUUAUCUGACCACAUUGUGGACAUUAAAAAGUUGGGCGCAACAAUCUGCUCUGAAAUAAUCAUUGUGAUACCGCAGUUGAAUGAUAGUGGGGAAGAAGUUUUUGAUGAUCAAAUUGCCAAGGAACUAACCAAGGAAACCAAGAAAGCCAUGGAUACCACCAACGAGAUUUAA